AACUUGUCAUCCAAGAUUCUCCUCUCCUCUCCGCUCUGCUCCAACCCACAACUCAGAGUCUCGUCCAUGGAGCUCAACGGCACGCCGGCUUCUCUUGGCUUUCAUAUGCCGGCAGAGUGGGAACCCCACUCGCACUGUUGGAUUGGUUGGCCUGAACGUCCGGAUAAUUGGAGAGACAAGGCUGUUCACUCCCAGCAUGUAUUUGCCAGGGUAGCAUCUGCAAUCUCAAAGUUUGAGCCUGUGACAGUUUGUGCAAGUUCUUCCCAGUGGAAGAAUGCGCGAAGUCUGCUACCUUCAAAUAUCAGGGUCGUUGAGAUGAGCUUCAAUGAUUCUUGGUUUCGUGACACUGGGCCCACCUUUGUUGUGAGCAGAAGGUCUGAUACAGAACCGAAGGUCGCGGGAAUUGAUUGGAAUUUUAACAGCUGGGGAGGUUUAGAUGAUGGCUGUUAUCAUGACUGGAGUCUUGACCUCCUAGUUGCUAAGAAGAUUCUGGAAAUUGAGACGAUUCCUAGAUUUCCCCAAACAGUUGUGCUUGAAGGCGGAAGCAUCCAUGUGGAUGGAGAAGGGACAUGUCUUACCACCGAGGAAUGUCUCUUGAACAAAAACAGGAAUCCUGGCUUGAGUAAAAUCCAGAUAGAGGAUAAACUUAAAGCAUGUCUGGGAGUCAGAAAGAUUAUAUGGUUGCCUCGUGGACUGUAUGGGGAUGAUGACACUAAUGGUCAUAUCGACAACAUGUGCUGUUUUGCAAGGCCUGGUGUGGUUCUUCUGUCUUGGACUGAUGAUGAAACUGAUCCGCAGUAUGAAAGAUCUGCAGAGGCAUAUUCAUUGCUUUCAAGUGUAACCGAUGCCAAUGGCAGAAAACUUGAAAUAAUUAAACUCCAUAUACCUGGCCCACUCUAUAUGACCAAGGAAGAGGCUGCUGGUCUCAUUCAGGAUGGCGACGGCAAACCCAGACUUCCAGGCACAAGACUUGCUGCUUCUUAUGUAAACUUCUAUAUUGCAAACGGAGCUGUCAUUGUUCCGCAGUUUGGAGAUAAAAAAUGGGACGACGAAGCUCUGCAAGUCCUGUCCAAGGCCUUUCCUCAUCACGAAGUUGUGGGAAUUGAAGGUGCAAGGGAGAUUGUUUUGGGGGGUGGAAAUAUACACUGUAUUACUCAGCAGCAACCAGCCAUCUAGACGGCACUCUGGAAGUCAACUGAUGACAUCAGCAUCCAUUUCUAUAUUGCUAUUUUUUAGUUGAUUGUUAAAGUGGCAGGGAAAAGAAUAUGCAUGUAAUCUCAAGCAUCGUUUCCUUCCUAUUUUUAUUUCGUUUAUUUCUUCAUCUUUGUUUUUCCCCGUGACUUUUAUUUUUUACAUCGUUUCUAGAAAAUGAACAGUGAUAAGUUCAUUUUGGUUUGAUUGUCCAAGAUUACAUUGGCUAUUAAUGUGAUCAUUUGCUCAUUUGGGGAUUUAAAUUCUUGUA